AUGGCACCACUGUCCUCUAACAAGACGUGGACCAAGCUCGCUCAUCACUUGAAAGCACUUGAUCCAGUAUCUGUCGCUCUCCAUCUCGAUGACCAUGUCGAGACCAAGAUUUACACCCCAGGGUCGAUUAUUUCAGGCCGCGUAGAUGUCACCACGGACAAAGACUUCGCUUUUGAUACUUUCAACAUCGAUUUCGUGGGGGAGACAACCACAAACAUCCAGACGUCAUUCGGGGAUCCUCGCCACACGCGACACAUUUUCCUCAAGCUCUCCAUGCCUUUAUCGAGAAGCGUGCUUCCGGAAUCAAAGGUUUUUCAGGCAUAUCAAACAUACAGCAUUCCAUUCACGUUUACCGUGCCGUAUCAUUUGCCCAGCAAGGCAUGCAAGCACACCGAAAGCGAGGAUCUUCAUGAGCGUCAUCUCUGUCUCCCACCCUCAAUGGGCUACUGGGAGGGCAAAGAUCAGUCACCCAACGCAGCCAGAAUCGACUAUAAUGUCAGAGUAAUGCUGACACCUCGGCCUGGAAAGAAUGGGAAGCAGGGAAAGCCGACAACCACACAGCGUUCUGUCAAGGUCCUUCCCACACAGUUCGCAGAGGCUGCGUCCCCUGUCUCAGCCCAUACGAAACAUCCUCUUACAAAAGACAGGUCGUUUCACCAAGAUCUACUGUCCCAAAAAACAGGGGAUAUCAAAGUUUCCACUUCUAUCCCGGAACCCGUCGUUCUAUCUGUCGAGGGGUCGCAGGUGUCAGACAGCAUGCUCACAGUCAACGUGGAGUUCGCCCCUCAAAAGGGCGAGGCAGCACUCCCUGACAUUCACGCAAAGUCAAUGCAAGUCGAAGCCCAUACGCACUAUUCUUUUGCACAUGUGAACCUCCUCCCCGACAGGGAAGAUGUUCUCGGGAGUCUCCCCAUGAUUGUCCCUUUUUACACAUCGAACAAAAUGACCGUCCAGCCAUCGGACAAAUUGGUGUGGGAGACGCAGUCUGAUUCUUACAAGCCUUCGAAGUUCUCCAGGAGGGACUCAGGUGCAGAAAUCGACGACUUUAGUGACGAGGAGCAAGCGAGUACGACUAGUGGUGAAUCAGACCACCAGAAGUACACGGCAACCCUCCAAGUCCCAAUCUCUCUCCCAGUCAGCAACAAAAAACUCUUCCUUCCUUCAUUUUAUUCAUGCAUAAUAUCUCGAACGUACAACCUUCGUCUUGUCUUGGGCGCUGGCUCCCUGGCAUCAACCAUCAUUCUCAAUGUCCCCCUUGAGGUUGUCGUCGAAGCGUCUGGAGAUUCGGCCCCUAACAGUCUCCCUGAUUAUGCGCACAUCGACCUAGAAGACGUAAUACCUCUUGAGGCUCUUCCAUCUUAUACCCCAUGA